GAAGGGCAGUAGUUUUGGCUGAUGGCUGUUCCUGGAAAGGCAGCUGCUUUCCGCCUGCCUCCUCUGCCAACUAUUGGAGAGAUUAUUAAACUCUUCCGUCUCCGAGCACAGAAACAGCUUUCCCAGAACUUUCUAUUGGAUUUGCGGUUGACAGAUAAGAUAGUGAGACAAGCUGGCGAAUUGACAAAUGCGCAUGUGUGUGAAGUGGGCCCUGGGCCAGGGGGAAUUACCAGGUCUAUCCUCAAUGCUGAUGUUGCACAACUCCUUUUAGUUGAAAAAGAUGCUCGAUUUAUUCCAGGAUUGAAGAUGCUCUCUGAAGCAGCUCCGGGAAAAGUGCACAUUGUUCAUGGAGAUAUUCUUACUUAUAAUAUGGAGAAAGCUUUUCCAAAGCACUUAAAAAAGAACUGGGAGGAUGAGCCACCAAAUAUACAUAUCAUUGGAAAUUUGCCCUUCAGUGUUUCAACUCCUCUGAUCAUCAAAUGGCUUGAAAAUGUUUCUAAUAGGGAUGGACCUUUUUUUUAUGGCAGGACACAGAUGACGUUGACUUUUCAGAAGGAAGUUGGGGAGAGGCUCACAGCUAAGCCAGGAGGUAGGCAACGCAGCAGACUGUCCAUCAUGUCUCAGCACCUCUGCUCUGUUGAAAACACUUUCAUAAUUCCAGGUGAAGCCUUUGUUCCACAGCCGCAGGUGGAUGUGGCCGUAGUGCAUUUCACUCCUCUGGUGCAACCAAAGAUACAACAACCCUUUAAGCUUGUAGAAAAAGUCGUUCAAAGUGUUUUUCAGUUUAGAAGAAAAUAUUGCUGCCGUGGAAUUGGGAUUUUGUUUCCUGAAAGGGAACGCUUGAAAAAAACAGAAGAACUGAUGAUGGCGGCAGAUGUUGAUCCAACUUUGCGUCCUGUUCAGCUCUCCAUGUCACACUUCAGUAAUCUGUGCAAUGGCUAUAGGAAAAUGUGCGAUGAAGACCCAAACCUUUUCGCAUACAAUUACAGAGAAGAACUAAGGCAGAAGAAGAGAUUACCUAAAAAAAAUACCGGUUACUCAGAAUGGAUUGAAGAGGAGGAAGAGGAGAAGAAUUAG